AUGUCGCUGCACGAACAUGAAAUUCCUGGCGGAAUGCCAGCCAAAUCAUCAUCUGAUUAUAUUGAAGAGAAGGAUAUUGCGGUCAAUGCCCAUCCGACCAGGUUUCUCUCCGAGUCGCACCAGUCCUACCUGCUCGAGCGGCAUGGCACGCUGGAUCUCGAUCCUAUCCCCAGCAUGGAUCCAGCAGAUCCAUACAACUGGCCACUGUGGAAGAAAACCGCCAACCUGAGCCUCGUCUCGUUCCAUGCCUGCAUGGGCACGCUUACUGCCGCAGCUAUCAUCUGCGCAUACGAGGACAUCGCCCUUGAUGUCGAUGUCUCUAUACAGCGAGUCAGCUAUCUUACUUCCUUGCAGAUUGCGAUCCUUGGGGGUGCUCCGUUGUUUUGGAAGCCACUUUCACACCGUUUUGGACGGCGUCCGAUUUUCCUUUUAUCCCUGAUUCUGAGCUGUGUCUGUAACAUUGGAUGCGCAAAGAGUCCGGACUACGCCUCAAUGGCAGCUUGCCGUGCCUUAGUAGCUUUCUUUAUCUCGCCUGCUAUGGCCAUUGGAAGUGGCGUUGUGACAGAGACCUUCUUCCGACAUGAGCGAGCACGGUAUAUGGGAAUCUGGACGAUCAUGGUUACCCUCGGUGUGCCAAUUGGGCCUUUCAUCUUUGGUUUCGUGGCUCAACGCGUUGAUUACCGCUGGAUCUACUGGAUUCUGGCCAUCACGAACGGUGUCCAGUUCUUCCUCUACAUAUUUUUCGGCCCUGAAACCCGCUACAUCGGCGCCCAUGUCCAAUCUAAAUCGUCUGUCUUCAAGCGCGAGUAUAUGUCCUUGCGUCGCAUCGAUCCAACCCCGUUCAAGGUGUCCGAAUUCUUCCAUCCUUUGACGUUGUUUACGAACAUCCCGGUCCUACUCGCCGCUAUCGCAUACUCCAUGGUCUUCCUUUUUGCUUCUGUGCUGAACUCCGUUGAAGUGCCCCAGCUCCUCCAGAGGAAGUUCGAACUCAAUGCCCAACAACUUGGCCUUCAAUUCCUAGGCCUGAUCAUUGGGUCCCUCCUUGGCGAGCUGCUGGGCGGCUUCAUGUCUGAUAUGUGGAUGAACACCCGUGCCAAGAAGAUUGGCCACAAGCCCGCACCAGAGUACCGGCUGUGGCUGAGCUACAUUGGGUUCCUGCUGAGUAUUGCAGGCAUGGUCGUGUUCCUUGUUUGCACGGAACAGGCUACCCUGGGUAAGUGGAAUGUGAAGCCUUUGAUAGGAACUGGUAUUGCUGCAUUCGGCAACCAAGUCGUUACCACAGUCAUGACUACUUAUGCGGUGGAUACGUACCCGCAGGACGCGGGCAGCGUUGGUGUCUUCAUCAACUUCGUGCGAUCGACGUGGGGAUUUAUUGGCCCAUUCUGGUUUACCUCCAUGUUCGAUAGCGUUGGCAUUGCUAAUAGCUCUGGAAUUGUCGCGGCCUUGAUCAUAGGCUGCAGCUUCUUCCCUACAGUUUUUCUGCAGUGGCAAGGGAAGCGAUUGUACAGCAAUGACUCCGAUAGGCUUUGA